GGAGAACCAUUUCUGUUCAAAUCAUAUAACUUUAAAUAUCCUUAUGAAAAUCAAUCACUACGUAGUUGACGCACGCAUGCCGCGUGCAUUACACCUUUAUUUAUAUUUAUUUAUUAAUUAUUAUUAUAGUAUUUAUUUAAUUUUAAAUUAAGUAUAAAAACAUCUGAAAAGUUAUUUUUAGUGUCAUUUUGUUAAUCAUAGCAAUAAAGAUGUAUCGUACGGAAGUGUUCACCUUUCUAUUGUUUUUGGAUUUUGGAUUUGCUUUCAUCAACGUGGCCGACGUAGAAUGCGGUGUGGACCAGGCUCGGCGAGCGAGAAUAGUAGGCGGGGAAGACAGCCUACCCUCAGAGUUCCCCUGGGCAGCCAGCUUGUGGAGACAGGGCGCUCAUCAGUGCGGCGCCACUGUACUCAACGAUAAGUGGCUGUUGACAGCGGGUCAUUGUGUUUGCAGUGCUUUCGAUGAAUUCUACAAACCAAAACAACUGACAAUCGUUGUGGGCCAUACAGAUAUAUCGUCAAAGAAGAACGAAGCCAAACAACUUUCCAAAAUUAUACCCCAUCCAGACUACAGGUGUAACAAAAAAACAAAUGACGUGGCUCUCCUCAAGACAGCGACACAGCUGACGUGGAACGAAGAGCUUCGACCAGCUUGCCUGCCGCAGCCGAAGGCGGAGGACUUCAGCGGGAAUGUGGCUACGGUUGCAGGAUGGGGAUUCACUAGUGAGGACAGAGCCAAAGGAAUAAGACCAGAUGUUCUGCAGAAGACAAGCGUAAUGGUAGUAACUAACGAGGAAUGUAACAAUUGGUACAAAUCACAAGGCAGCAAGAUCAGCGUUGUACCUACACAAAUGUGCGCCGGUCACGAAGAUGGAGGCAGAGAUUCUUGCUGGGCUGACAGCGGUGGUCCUCUUAUGAUCCGCGAGGACAAACGCCACUCCAUGGUCGUCGGAGUAGUCUCCACUGGCAGCGGCUGCGCAAGAGUCAGAAUGCCAGGAGUUUACACGCGCGUCUCCAGAUACACAGAGUGGAUCAUCAACAUUAUCAACUCUGAUAACACUAGGUCCGGCUUGAACUGGUACCCACGCUCUGGUUAGAAAGAAAUUCCUAAUUGCUCCCAAAAUACUUGAAAACCUUUGUGGGUCUCAAUAAGAAUAUGUAAAUUAUAAGUGUGUACAUAGAUCAGCCUAUAUCAAACAAAGUUCGGUAUUUUAAACAAUCAAAAGUUUAUACUCAAGACAUUGUAUAUUAAUUACAUGUCACUCAUCUUGAUUAUGCCAUCAAGAUAAUAACAACGAAUGAAGAUGGAUCACGUCGUCACUGUCUUUUCGUUUAAAAUCUCCUUUAUGUAAGGUCUACUGAAUUUUGUUGUGUAUAAAUUAACAACAUAUCUUUAACUUUUAAUGGGUUAUCGCAAUGAUGAACAGUGUUUAUAUUAUAAUUAUGAGACGGUCGGUUAAAGUAAUAAAAUUAAAUGGUAACAAAUCAAUUUUAUAUUGUAGAUAUGUAACAUCAAACAAAGAAACAAACUGUGAUAUUAUUUAGUAAGAUGUGAUAUAAACAUAUAAAAUACAAAUAAAUUAUUGAAUCAACAAGUAACGUUUUUCUUUUGACAUAACCUUUCGAAUUCCAUUUUACUUUUUAAAAUCACUUCAUACAAUUUUUUUCCAGAAGUCUCUUCUAAAUCGUCCUUUAAGGCACUCAGCGCAACAUUUAAUGCGGCUUUUGCUUCAACGAGUAAAGACUUAAGAUUUUCGUCUUUUACUUGGGUACCAUCGAUAUUAGCCUUCUGAGAUUUCAUAACCAAUGCUGAAUGUAACUCAUGUUGUAAUACAGCGUUAUACAAACUAAGCCUUGCAUUACCGGGGUCUAGUUUCUUUGUAAUGUUAAUCAAAUCUCGACACAUUUUUAUUUUCUUAUCCAAAAUUUCUUGAGUAGUAUAACCCGGUUGCCUUCCAUAAAGCUGAACUAAGGAAUGUUUUAUUGAAUACAGAUGAUAGUGAUUCGGGUGCAAAUAUGUUGAAAGCCUGCACAGAAGAUUUUCUAACAUAAUGGGUGAUCCGCCCAUCAUUUGUACAUUAUCUACUUCUUCACCCAUUUGUGAUAUCAGCAUAUUAACUUGAGAAUUGUCUAUUUUAAUUCUGCAUUUAUUGCAUGCCCAUUCAGUCUCAUCAUCUAGAGGAUCUUCUGGUAGAUGUAUACCAUCACAAGCGUAACCAUCUCCCAAACAUUUCAUGGCGCUCAAAAAUGUACCUAGUUCAGUUGGAUCACUGCAUCUUUGACACCUGCAUGCAAAGUAUUUGGUAUCUUUCAAAUGCUGUCUCCUAGCUUGAGUUCCCCACAAAGCAUGACUAUACAUUGUACUUAUGUGAUAGCCUUUCUCAAUUGGAAUUGCAACUUUGACAGUUAUUUUAUAUAGUUCAUCUUUGUUUUUAGCUGUUUGUGUGAAUGUGUGUUUAGUGUUCGGAAUACAACUGUGUUCCAUGAUGCACGUAUUGGUGUAUAACGCUAACAAUUCCGCUCCUUCGGGGAGUCUAAUCUCAAGAGCAUUUGUAGCUAUGAUGCCGCACAUUCUGUGUAUUAGUGCAGCAGAGAUUUCAGGAAGAUAUUUCUUCUUGGUAUCGUUGUCAAGUUUGGCGAUAAAGUGGUUCAUCAAAUAUUCAACGAUGAAUUCAUUAGCUUCG